GCGACGUUUGGUGCCGAAUCCAACGAAAGGACUCCCGUCGGCGAUGGCCUUGACCAGUUCCGGCCGCUGUCACCCCAAGCCAGCCCGACACGGUACGACGAGCUGGAGAAGUUCAGGCCUCUUUCGCCGAUGUCCAAGGCAGGUCAGCCGGUGCAGCCAGUGGAU